CAGACACCUAAAACAUCAGAGCAGUGGUAACCUGCAGACAUCAUCAAGCUGGAAAACUAGGUCCCACUAAUGGGCAAACAGCGAAUGCCCAAGCAUCUCAAACGUCUUUCCUGAUCUGUUAUCUGCAAUUUUGCAAAAGUUUUUGGGACCCCAUGGGUACAACAGAACCUGUAUUAGUGGUUCCAGAAUUUCUAUAUGACAGAGGCUUAGAAGCAGCAAUCUGAUGGUAGGGGUGGACACUGAGGACACUUGCCUUGAAGCUAGCAUAAGGCACGGCAAGCAUAAUGUUCUUGUUAGACCACCAGCCUUUGUUUGGGGAGGUUAUCACAGAGUUAAAACUGGGUAAGAUGACAGGAACUGUCUUGAAGCCCUGUUUGCAUAGCACACCCCCCUCUGUUUGCUUUAAAUGUAUGUCACAGAUCAAUAAAAACAGCAAUGUUUUCUGUUCAAUGUUUUUUAAGGAUGCCUUUUUCACAAUGUACAUUAGAUUGGGAAACAGGUCAGUUAUUAAUAUCUAAUAAUAUAAUACAUUACACAUAUAUCUAUCUCCCUACCUAUCUAUAUAAUUACAUAGGGAAAGGGGCUUUGAAUAUACUGAUAGAGAUUUUUAAAGAGGCUAAGAUCCCCCCAGGUAGUCAGACCAGCCUCCUGGGAGGAGGUCCUGGUUUAUCAGCCACUUAAAGAGGCAGUGAUGUCUCAGGCCACACAAAUGGUCCUCAUCAGGGAUCUGUGGGGAUGCAGGAGAAGUUCUUAUUCAGUUAUAACUAAGGAGAGAGUGCAACGUGCAGCAGUUAGAAGUACAGACCCUGCAUUCUGCCUUUGUACAGGCUGUGUGGCCUUGGGUAAGUCAUCUAACCUUGCUGAGCUUCCAUUUCCUCACCUAUUUAAUAGGGGUGCAGAUAGCAGCUGCCUCCCUAGUUAUGUGGACAUUUUAUGAGACAUUGUCUGAGAAGCUCUUAGCAUAGUCCUUGGCUCAUACUACCAACAGAACACCUGAUCAUGGGGGUUACAGGAACUCACUGUUAUCUGCACACACUGGGGUUCAUAUGGAAGUGGAUUCACUGUGCUGCUAAUGGAGCUUAAGCUUCAGAGCCCCUCCAAAGCCCAGUUCUAUAGUUUAUACUUGUAAAUCUGUACACUUUUUCUUAAAGAGACCUCCUCAGAUACUAUGUAAUUCAGGCCCCUAACACUUGGAUUUGCCCCUGAGUUCACAGUCUUGCUUAGAGAGCAGAGCAGAGAGAAGCUUGAAGAACUCCCUGCCGAGGGGAGACCCAGUGUGCUUCUUCUCCUCUUCCCAGAACUCUGCCUGGGACCCCACAGACCCAUCCAUCCUUCCAUCAAAGAUGCUUCACGAAGUGAGGCAACUUCCUUGCUCAACCCCUCACAUCAGUUCUCAGAAGCUAGCACUGUGAUGGCUCCAUAUUACAAAGAAAGUAAGAACCAAAGAAGAAACGAGGUUGUUCUAAGGUCCUGAGGUCAGCACGUGGCCUGUUUUUUUAAAGUGACCUAAUCCUUACUCCAGCAUUUAUUGUUUUUCUCUUCCAAGUCAAGAAGUCUAAUAGCUUAAAUAAUUCUACGCUAAAAAACUUGCUUGUGUAUUAGCCCUGGAUCCCCUUGGCACUACCUGUUACCAUCUCCUGACUCCCUGUGUCCAAGGAGGGCUCCUUCCUCUGGGCAGCCCUCUCUGAACACCUCUCCUGGCUCCCCUGGCCUCUGCUGAUGGGUGCUGGAUAAAGCAACGCUAAACUACACCUUCUUUAUACUUUUGUUUUUAUGAACAUUUAGCAUCUCAUUAGGGACGUUGAAGCAACUUCCUGGAGCUAGAAGCCUCGUCCUGGUGCCCCGCCAUGAUGCCCUAGAUGACAUGGACACAGGCCGGCCUCUACCACUCCUGCCCCUGUGUGCCUCUGUGUCUUUGCUGGGAGGCCUCACCUUUGGUUAUGAACUGGCAGUCAUAUCAGGUGCCCUGCUACCACUGCAGCUUGACUUUGGGUUAAGCUGUUUGGAGCAGGAGUUCCUGGUGGGCAGCCUGCUCCUGGGGGCCCUCCUUGCCUCCCUGGUAGGGGGCUUCCUCAUUGACCACUAUGGCAGGAAACAAGCCAUCCUUGGGAGCAACUUGGUGCUGUUGGCAGGCAGCCUGAGUCUGGGCCUGGCUAGCUCCCUGGCCUGGCUUGUCUUGGGCCGCUCCGCAGCUGGCUUCGCCAUCUCCCUCUCCUCCAUGGCCUGCUGUAUUUACGUGUCAGAGCUGGUAGGGCCACGGCAGCGGGGUGUGCUGGUGUCCCUCUACGAGGCAGGCAUCACCGUGGGUAUCCUGGUCUCCUAUGCACUCAACUAUGUGCUGGCCGGUUCCCCCCAGGGAUGGAGGCAUAUGUUUGGCUGGGCUGCUGCACCUGUUCUCCUGCAGUCCCUCAGCCUCCUCUGUCUCCCGGCUGGUACUGAUCAGGCUGCAGCACCCAAGGACCUCAUCCCUCUCCAGGGAGGUGAGGCCUCCAAGAAGGGCCUGCGGAGGCCAAGAUACUCCUUUCUGGACCUCUUCAGGGCACGGGAUAACAUGCGAGGCCGGACCACAGUGGGGCUGGGGCUGGUGCUCUUCCAGCAGCUAACAGGGCAGCCCAAUGUGCUGUGCUAUGCCUCCACCAUCUUCCACUCAGUUGGCUUCCACGGGGGAUCCUCAGCUGUGCUGGCCUCCGUGGGGCUUGGCAUAGUGAAGGUGGUGGCUACCCUGACUGCCAUGGGGCUAGUGGACCGAGCGGGCCGCAGGAUCCUGUUACUCUCUGGCUGCACCCUCAUGGCCCUGUCUGUCAGUGGCAUGGGCCUCGCCAGCUUUGCCAUGCCCAUAGACGCAGGCCCAAGUUGCCUGGCCAUGCCUAAUGCCACCAGGCUGUCAGGCCUCCCUGGAGACUCUGGCCUGCCAAGAGGCAUAUCUCUACCAUCAUUCCCAACAACCAGGGAGAACCAAGGGGAUCCAGCCUUGUCAACCUCUGAGAAAGCCAAGCCUCGUCCUGGAGCUGUGGACCUCACCGUCCCUCUCCUGCCAGCCUUAAGCACUAUCUCCCCUGUAUCCCUUCCUGCCCCUGAGCGUGCCCUGCUGCACUGGGCAGCCCUGGUCUGCAUGAUGGUCUUUGUGAGUGCCUUCUCUUUUGGAUUUGGACCAGUGACCUGGCUUGUCCUCAGCGAGAUCUACCCUGCGGAGAUCCGGGGGAGAGCCUUUGCUUUCUGCAACAGCUUCAACUGGGCCGCCAACCUCUUCAUCAGCCUCUCCUUCCUCGACCUCCUUGGCACCAUUGGCUUGUCCUGGACCUUCCUGCUCUAUGGCCUGACCGCUGUCCUUGGCCUGGCCUUCAUCUAUUUCUUUGUACCUGAAACCAAAGGCCAGUCAUUGGCAGAGAUAGACCAGCAAUUCCAGAGGCGACGGUUAAGUGAAUACGUUCUCCUCGCUGUACAGGCCCACAGACCGCGCCAAGGACAACAGGCCCGGCGUGAAGGGGGCCUGGGAGGCCCAUCCCACCUCUGCAGCCUGGGGCCUGCUCAGGCAGGGCAGGGGGUCAUGUGCGGGGGAACCCAGAUUGUGAGCUGACCUUGCACGUGGGCAGCAGCGGGCUGGGCUGGAAACCCAGGCAGGGAGGAGGGAAUCUCAGGUUUCCUUCCAAUAAUCUCUAAAUUAUUCUUCAGGAAUUCAUGUUGGCAUUUUCUGAGUACCUUCUAACAGCAGAACACUGUCGUGAGGCGUGGGAUGCAAUAAUAGAAACCAAAAGUGGGGUGGUUCUCAACCAGGAGCAAUUGUGCCCUCCAGGGCGCAGGUGGCAGUAUCUGGAGACCCUCUGGGCUGUCUUGACUGAGGAAGGGGGCUGCUGCUAGCAUCUAGUAGGUGGAGGCUGGAGGUGCUGCCAAACUUCCUACAGUGCACAGGAAGGCCCCCCAACAGAUUCGUCUGGCCCGGAAUGUCAGUAGUGCUGAGACUGAGAACCCAGAUUUACCUACCACUCUCCUGUUAUAUGGAUAAGGAGACUGACGUCCAGAGCAGUUAAAUAACAUGUCCAGGGAUACACAGGUAUAAAAGGUCAGGACUGGAAUUUCAGCCCAGAAAGCCUGACUCUGCUGUCCGCCUGUUCCUCCUGUAGUUACAGUUCAUGGCAGCGAGUGGGAGGAGAGUUCUGGGGGCCUUCUCAUCAUAGGAUUGGGAAGACUGAAGGAUUUCCAGGGGCAGGGGAGUCUGUAAUUAUCCCUGUUGUCACCCACUUCAAAUACGGGGGAAACCUGUUUCCGAACUUUGCUGGGACCUCUUCCCGGUCAACCCCAAAUGCCCCACUUCAAGCUGAUCCUGAACGUUUCCGUGCAGUACCAGACAAUGAACAGCAGAAGGCGCAAGAGUUCCUCUGCUGCUUUUCCAUUUAUUACAACUUUUUCGUUGCAAAGGAGAUAGGUGUGCCUUAAAGAAAAUGCAGAAAACACAAAACCCAGAACAAAGAAAUAUAAAUUUCCCAUAUCCCCACCUCCAGGGAAAGCUAAAAGUUUGAAUAGUAAGUACUUUCUUCCUAGUUUUUCCCCAGGCAAAGUCGUUUAUGUGUUUUAUUUUGUUAGUUUUCCGACACAGGUGUAAUCGCCCCAGACAUAUGAUUUUGUAGCCUGGAUUUUCACAUAUUGUUAUAUCAGAAGACCUUUCCGUUGUCUAACAAGCUCUUCGUAUCAUCCUUAGUCACUGAGUGAUGGCAGUGGAGUGGGUGUGUUCAAUCAAACAGCAAACGUGUUGAGAACUUCUGCCGGGUGCCAAGCUGUGCCAUGCAUGGUGUGGGGAAUGUAACAAGCAAGGAGACCACGGUCUGGGGAGACACGUGACACCCAGGGUUAUUUCAGAUCUGGAGGACGGUCACAGGGGGAAACAGCCAGGGUUGUUCCUCCUAUGUAUUGAGUUGCUCGUGGGGGUGUUGGUCGGGGGAACAGCAUCUCAGAGGAGGGGACAUUCAAACUGGGACCUGGGUGAUGACAAGGAGUCAGUCUAGCAAAGUAGGAGCUGCCAGAAAGUACUUCCAGGGGGAACACGCCUGGCACAUUUGAAGACUAGAUUGGGAAGGGGGCACCUGGUGAAGAGAAGAGAAUGGGCAGCAGAGAAGUGAGUCCUGUGGUCAUGGCAGAGGGACUUCAGUCUUCAUUUUAGGAGCAGUGGGGUGUCUCUGGGGGGUUAUGCACAGCAGUGAGAUGCUUCUUACAUUUUGUCUUGGGGCUGGGUUGCUGCCAGCUGGGGACCCGACUGGAUGGCGGGGAUGAUGCAGUCGCUAAGAGAUGACCACAGCUCAGGCCAGGUCUGGGAGUGGACAGAGAAAUGUAAUCAAAUUCAGGAUCUAGUUGGAGAAAGGUCCCUAGGGGUGGGUGAGGGAUGGGACGUGGGGAGUGAGGGACAGUGAAGGGUGCCUUCUGUAUUUCUUCUCUGUACCGCUGGGCAGAUGGCGAUGCCAAACACAGAGAAAGGAGAGAAGGAAGGAGGACACUCCCACCUGCCACCUGGGCUGCCCCUGCCCCCCGGAGUCUGCGGCUCGCCAGCCUGUGCCCAAGGAGGGCAUUCUACUUUUCUGCUUCCUCAGUGCAAAAAAAAGCAAUGGUGCCAAAAAAAUGAGAAUAAAGACUCAAUUUUGUUCUAAUAAAA